AUGGAGAAAGCCGUCGGUUCCCACUCCCUGGGCGGCAGCUACCCACAGAAAAACGCCGAGAUCCUCAGUAGCCAGUACGGCAUCAACCUGUUCCUGGCCGGGCUGCUGCUCACAUUCGCCUGGGCUGUGCACGCUGUGGGCAUCAGCAAGAGCCACCUGCUCUCCUACCUCAUCACGCUGAUGCUCAUCCAGCUCCUGUGGAUGCUGUGGUACCUCUGCAGGAGCUGCACACAGAGGAGGCUGAUCCGGGACAAGGACACACACGCUGGAGCCCGCUGGCUGAAGUGUGGGAUUACACUAUUUGCAGCGAUUACUUUAGUUCUGGACUCUUUUAAAAUUGGAUAUUAUAUUGAUUUUUCAAACUGUUUAUCACCAACUGAGGGCAUUUUUCCUGUUACACAUGCUGUGCACACCAUCUUACAGGUCUACUUUCUGUGGUGCCAUGCAAAGGAUAUUAUCCAGUCUUUCAAAACACUUGAAAGGUUUGGAGUUAUCCAUUCUGUGUUCACAAAUUUGCUCCUGUGGACAAAUGGAGUGUUAACAGAGUCAAAACAUCAACUGAAUGAACAUAAGGAAAGACUAAUCACGCUUGGUUUUGGGAACAUAACAAUAGUUUUAGAUGAUCAUGCACCUCAAUGCAAUUGCACAACAACAACUCUCUGCUCUAUAUUUUCUCAAGGAAUAUAUUACCUGUACCCCUUUAAUAUAGAGUAUCACAUCCUAGCAUCCACAAUGCUCUAUGUCCUGUGGAAGAACAUCGGCCGCAAAGUCGAGCACCACCAGCAACACAAAACUCUAUUCAAAUUCCAUGGCAUAACUGUUGGAAUGAUUUUUGGACUAAUCAUCUUAACUAGCACGAUAGCCGUAGUUGUAGUGUAUUUAAUCCAAAUUGGACGUUCGAAAAUCAAAAGUGAGUUGGCACUUACUAUGUUUUACUUGCAUGCUAUCUUUGUGCUGGCUCUCAUGUGCACAGCUGGAAUUGUCGCCCUUUUCAUCUACAGACUGGAAGACAGAUCACUGGAUAAUUCAAAAAACCCUGCUCGAAAACUUGAUGCAGAGCUGCUGGUGGGCACAGCUGCGGGGUCCUGGCUCCUCUCCUGGGGCUCGAUCCUCGCCAUUAUCUGUGCCCAAGCGCAUCCAAAAUACACUUGGUAUAACCUGCCCUACUCCAUCCUGGUUAUUAUUGAGAAAUAUAUUCAGAACCUCUUCAUCAUUGAAUCCAUACAUCGUGAGCAGGACAAGGUGAAUGAUGAUAUUAAAACUCUUCGAAUAGUGACUAUAUCUAGGGGAAACACUUUAUCGCUUACCCCCUCAUACAAAGAGAUUUACAAUGACAGAGCCACUCGUGAUGAUGGAGAGGUACCCUGCUUGUUUAAAAGCAGCAUCUGUGGGAGAGAAAUUGGUGGUGGUGGAGCCAAGGAAGAAGCAAGUCAGGAAAAUAUUUCAGUCAUGCAUUCAGGCUCAGAUUUCUCAUUUUGCAGUAGAAACUCAGUUACUAACUACAAGAGAAUUCUGAAGAACAUUGCUGCAUUUUUAUUCCUCUGCAACCUUUCGCUGUGGAUACCACCGGCUUUUGGGUGCCGCCCGGAAUAUGACAAUGGACUAGAAGAAAUAGUUUUUGGCUUUGAACCCUGGAUAAUUGUUGUGAACCUUGCAAUGCCUUUCUCUAUUUUCUAUCGGAUGCAUUCAGCUGCCUCACUCUUUGAGGUCAAUUGUAAGACAUAG